AGCACCGAAGCUUAAAAUAGUUGAACAUGCCCACUUGCUGCUGUUCUCGCCAUGGAAUGCUAUGAAUACGACAUAUCUUUGUUCAAUUUUUGCUAAACGGAGAGAACCGUGCCGACAGAAGAUACAAUUGGGGAGAUACGGUGUUGUCUCUGACAGGUCGACCUUUGUGUCGAGACUCUUUGGGACUGGCAGUAAGUUCCAUGCCACGGUCUGAGUCUCCCCGCAGCUUUCGUGUUACAUUUGUACUAUUUUAUCGGCAUAGGAAGGGUCGGAGUGUCUAGGAACUCGCCUCGGGUGUGUGGGUUUCCAAUGGACAAUAAGGUGCAGUACAAGUUAAUUGGUAUACGUUGUCUUCCGAAUUCCUCCGUGCACAAGUUACGGUCUUCAUUCUCCUCUUCCUUAUCUUUGCGUUACGUUGUGUCUCAUCGUUGCGUCACUCUAGGUAACAGCACGGUCUUACUACAACCAACUUGCACCAACGUUGAGCAAUCGUAUCUGUUCGCUCUCGUAAAGCUGUGAAGCACCAGUGCAGAUUCGCGUCGACGCCCUACUCGAAGUUGACAACGCGUCUUUGGCUUGAUCAUGAAUAAAUCCUUGGUAGCAUACGCAAGCUCACCUGAAUUGGUAAGUUGGUGUCGGACAUCCGCCUGCCUCGUUGUUUCCUGCCUGCAAUUCAGCUACGGCGACCCUGCCUCCAAGGACGAUGCGAAUGGCAGCGUCGCUGAAGGACAGGUUAUCUUCGUAGCAGUUGACGUUGAUAUUGCCAAACUUACUCCACUUUUCACUCUCAUGCAUGACGAGAUCCCUCGCGUUCUUUUUUUUCAGUGUUUCUGACGUUUCUGACAGAUAUGAGUCAAUGGUCCCGAAAUUGGAGCUGGAUGUGACGAGUCGACAGCAAGUAUAUGGGACCAGGUACUCCAACGUAUACCGCUUAAGACUUCAGGGCGGCGGCGAUGUCUGCGUGAAGGCAUUAGAAAUAGUCGGAGAUCUUUUAGAUGAGGCAACUCAGAAGGACCACAAUAAGAGAGUCAUGAAGGAACUCAAAUUAGACCACAAGAACAUGGACCUCAAAACCUUAUUCGCUAAAGCUCGAAGCCUUGCGAUGUACUGAAUAGCGUGUGUACAGCUAAUGCUGAUAUAAUGAAUGGAACCGUCAUAAACAGU